AGACUCCAGGAUUAUCCUCAGAGCGCUUUCACAAACCUCUCAAAAAUGUUAAACCUAUAAACUCAGAGUAUCGGCUGUAUCCAACACUGAAGGCAGCUGUGCACGUGAACCAGCCUUUGCAGGAGGAAGUUUGUUAAAGCAGGACGGUGAACAGACACGGACAGCAGGGACUUUUGAUCAGUCUGUUUAAUCUCACAUGAGAUUGAUCUGAUUAAUCACUUGAACAUGGAGCAUCGAACCAACAGCAGAAGAUCUGAUGAAUAUUUUGUGACGAGGCGACACUUGGAGCUGAAUGAUCUGAGAGCGGCAGCUGAAGAUUUCAAAGGCAGAAAUCCAAAUUCGGAAAUCCGAAAUUACAUCUUCAAAAAAAUUCUCCCGCCUUACCCCCGACCUGAGCUCCAGGUGUCUCACCUGAAACACGACACGGAUCGAGGAGGGUUGCUCGGUAUAAAGCGUGACGGCGGCUUCAGGGGCGCAGACCGUCAGCAGUGGUGGAGUCUGGCGGUGAAACCUGAGGACAUCUCUGCAGCUGAGACGAGGCUCCUGGAGGAGACCUACCCGGACCGGACUGAGGAGCAGGCCCAGACGCAGCAGAGCUUCCUGGGGAGGUUUGCCACCUCCCCGGCCUUCCUGGAGACCUCCAGGCUGGGCUCGUACCGCUUCACCUUCCCCGUGGAGGAGGUGCUGGAGGCCUACAGCCAGCAGUUCUGCAGCGGAGCUCCGCCCGUCCUCCGGGUGUUCGAGACCGUCCUGUACAAACAGGAAGUGAUGUAUGUGGUGCUGGUCCACAGCCCGGCCAAUCAGAAGUUUCAGGAGCUUCCUUUGCUGAGUGACGACCCCACGGUCUGUGUUUACAAAGAUGGCCGCUUCAUCUGGAGCUGUCAGGCCAUGUGUGGGACACACAGAUGUGAGUUGGUGCAGACACCUGGGAGGAACCAGGUGGAGGUGAGGGAGCACUUCGGUUCUGAUGUACAGUUUUACGUUUGGGAUCAUGUCGCCGUCGCCCUGCACAUGGACGAAGGACAGGUGCUGAAGUUUGAUGAUGACAGACUGAGGGAGAGUCUGACGUUCUGUGAUCAAGGUGAAGGUUCAUACCAUCCAAACUUUGACAGACUUGAAGUGGCUAAAGAGGUCGUUUGUGAACGUUUGUGGCCGAGUUAUCCUGCACCGCUGGAGAAGGAGCGCUCGCUGCAAGAGUCACUAGCAGCUCUGAGCCUGUGCAGCAAAGUGUCGAAGCAGCCGAAGCUCUGUCACACGUCUCCGUCCUUUCCUCUGUCCCCCCUCCUCAUCGGGGACUCGAUUGUGAGGAAUGUGAGACUGGGGGGGGGCAACAGUGUGUCAUUUCCCGAGGCCACCGUUCUGGAGAUUAAGGACAAACUUCCUGAUGUCAUCAGGUUCCACCCCGAGGCCGACACCGUCAUCAUCCACGCUGGUUUCAACGACAUCUGCAAGGAGGAGUCCGAGGUUUUAAAGCUCCACUUCCUGCGUCUCUUCGACUCUGUCAAACAGUUCCACCUCAGUGUCUUCAUCUCUGGUCCCACCCCCACCUGUGGCCGGGGGAUGGGGCAGUUCAGCCGGCUGCUCGCUCUCAACACCUGGCUGUCCUCCGUCUGCGACACCCACGGCCUCGGCUUCAUCGACAACUUCAACGUCUUCUGGUUAAGGAGGCAUCUUUUCUUAGCUGACGGGUUCCACCUAAACAACGCUGGCAGACGUUCGCUCGCCAACAACAUCCUGUACAACAUACAGCACGCUUACAUCCCCCCACCAACCCCCCCUCUGACCCCCCCACCCACCAACCAGUCACUGCUGUUCUAGUUCCACUGUUAACAGUUACACGUCCUCAACCGGACUCACACCCUCUGACAUCAACACUUCAACAAGUGUCGUCGUCACACAACAAACA